AGAGAAAAAACAGGCUAAGAUCAAAAUUCAAAACAUAGAGGUCAAGUUAGCUGCUAGAAAAGAAAAUGGGUGAUAUAUCAAGUGGAAGCUCAAAUUCGUGCGUCAAAAUCCCGGAUAUCAAGUUUACAAAGCUUUUCAUCAACGGGGAAUUUGUGGAUGCUGUUUCAGGAAAUACCUUAGAGACAAUUGAUCCUAGAAAUGGUGAAGUGAUAGCAAGAGUGGCCGAAGGAAAUAAAGAUGACAUCAAUUUAGCCGUCAAGGCAGCUCGUCGAGCCUUUGAUCAUGGCCCUUGGCCUCGCAUGUCCGGAUACGAGAGGGGAAGGGUGAUGAUGAAAUUAGCAGACUUAAUCGAUGAACAUGUGGAAGAACUUGCAGCAUUAGAUACAAUGGAUGCAGGAAAACUGUUUGAGAGGGGGAAAUCCUUGGACAUCCCUGAAGCAGCUCAUUGCCUCCGAUACUAUGCCGGAGCAGCUGACAAAAUACACGGCGCGACGUUAAAGAUGUCAAGUGCAAUGCAGGGAUACACCCUAAGAGAGCCAAUUGGGGUGGUUGGCCACAUUAUUCCAUGGAAUUUCCCAACUACAUUGUUUUUCAUGAAAGUGGCUCCUUCGUUAGCUGCUGGAUGUACUAUGGUGGUUAAGCCUGCUGAGCAAACCCCUCUCUCGGCUCUUUAUUAUGCUCAUCUCUCAAAGCUAGCUGGUAUACCCGAGGGAGUGCUAAAUGUUGUGACUGGAUAUGGACAUACUGCUGGUGCUGCAAUCGCCUCUCAUAUGGACAUUGAUAAAGUAAGCUUCACAGGAUCUCCAGAAGUAGGGCGUCUCGUAAUGCAAGCAGCUGCAACAAGCAACUUAAAACCUGUUACCCUGGAACUUGGAGGGAAAUCUCCUCUCAUCAUUUUCGAUGACGCCGAUGUCGAUACAGCGGCCGAGCUUGCUAUUGAGGGCGGCCUCUACAAUAAGGGAGAAAUUUGUGUGGCGGGAUCUCGUGUUCUUGUUCAAGAAGGAAUUUAUGAAAAGAUGACAAGAAAACUAGUAGAGAAGGCUAAAAAUUGGGUUGUUGGAGAUCCAUUUCACCCUGAUGUUCAACAAGGACCACAGGUUGACAAGCAGCAAUAUGAGAAGAUACUUUCAUAUAUUAAGAGUGGCAGAGAAGAAGGUGCUGAUUUACUAGUUGGUGGCGAACCAUGUGGCGAAAAAGGAUAUUACAUUGCCCCGACCAUAUUCUCUGAUGUUAAGGACGAUAUGAAGAUAGCAAAGGAUGAAAUUUUUGGCCCUGUCAUGUCUUUGAUGAAGUUCAAGACUAUAGAUGAUGCAAUACAAAGAGCAAACGCUACAAGAUAUGGUCUAGCAGCUGGGAUAGUAACCAAGAACAUAGACAUUGCUAAUACUGUUUCACGAUCGAUUCGAGCUGGUACCAUUUGGAUCAAUUGCUACUUCGCCUUUGAUUGCGAUGCACCAGUUGGUGGAUACAAAAUUAGCGGGUUUGGGCGAGAACAAGGACUGGAUGGCCUCUAUGCAUACACUCAACUCAAAUCUGUUGUCACCCCUCUUUAUAACUCCCCUUGGCUGUAAACAUUGCUUCUAAUUAGUGUCUGUAAGUUUGAACUGCAAGAUAUUGCAUCUUAGCUUUAGUUGCUUUUGUUGUUUGAUUUCACAUAAAUAAUUUACAACAAACACUAAGUAUAGAAUAA